AUGGACCAAGGCACGCUUGAGAAGAAAGGAUUCGAUGCCGAUGGCAUGCAGCUGGCCCAGAUGGGCCAUUCUGAGUCCUUCAAGCGAACAUUCAGUCGUUGGACCAUGCUGGGCCUUGCCUUUGCCAUUCUCAACUCCUGGUCUGCACUUGCCACCUCCCUCUCCCUGGCUCUGCCAUCUGGCGGACCCAUCGCCGUCGUCUGGGGUCUAUUGACGGCGGGUGUAUGCAACCUUGCACUCGCUGCCAGUCUCGCCGAGUUUCUCUCGGCUUAUCCCACGGCCGGCGGUCAGUAUCACUGGGUGGCAAUGGUGGCCCCGGAGUCUCUCAAGACGGGUCUAUCCUGGGUGACUGGCUGGAUCAACGUCUCGGGCUGGGUAGCCCUCGUGGCGACCAACUGCUCCAUGGCUAGCACCCUGAUUAUCAACAUCAUCUCUCUUCUGCACCCGACAUACGACUUCCAGCGGUGGCAUCAGUUCCUCAUAUACCUCGCCGUCGCCUUCAUCGCCUUCGCCACCAAUGCUUUCCUCCAUUCUAUCCUCCCCCGUAUCAACGGGUUCGCGCUCGCAUGGAGUCUGGCUGGGUUUCUCGUCAUCUCCAUUGCCGCCCUCGCCCGUGCAGCUCCCGACUACGCCACCGCCGAGUUCGUGUUCGCUACCUUUAUCAACACUACUGGCUGGCCCGAUGGAGUCGCUUGGCUUUUGGGUCUCUUGCAGGGCGGUCUGGGCCUCACUGGCUUCGAUGCUGUCGCUCACAUGAUUGAGGAGAUCCCCAACGCCGCCGUUGAAGGACCGAAGAUCAUGAUUUACUGCCAGUACAUCGGAAUUAGCACGGGAUUCCUCUUUCUUAUCGUGCUGCUGUUUGUAUCUGGUGGAUCAGCGAAUGCGGAUACUAUCAUUACAUCUCCGGCUGGCCCCCUUCUGGAGAUCCUCCACAUCGCUAUCAACAACAAAGUCGGCGCUGUGUGCCUUCUCAUGUUUCCCCUAGUCUGCAUCGUCUUCGCCGCCAUGGCCGUGCUGACCACCUCCUCCCGCAUGUGCUUCGCUUUCGCCCGAGACGGAGGUCUACCCGCGUCUCGCCUCUGGUGGAAGGUCGACAAGCGGCUGGAGGUGCCCCUGAACUCGCUGUAUCUCAACUGCUUCAUAGUCGUCGUGUUUGGAUGCAUCUAUCUAGGUUCUACGGUCGCCUUCAACGCCAUCGUGGCAGCUUCCGUUGUUGCACUUGGUUUGAGUUAUGGUAUUCCCGUUGCUCUGAACCUCAUUUCAUUGAGGACGAAGCUCCCCGAGAGGGCUUUCUCGCUUCCACCUUGGCUGGGCUGGGCGGCAAACAUCAUCGGCGUGGUGUACACCAUUAUCACCACCGUGCUCUUCUUGUUCCCUCCCGGACUUCCCGUAACUGGGACUACGAUGAACUACUGUAUUGUGGCGUUUGCCGUGAUAGUCAUUAUCUCUCUCGUUCAGUGGAUUGUUGAUGGCCGGAAGAAUUACCAUGGCCCUCGUAUCACCACCGGCUUAGACGAGGAGUAA